CCGCGGACCGGCCGGGGCGGGAGGGGCUCCGCGCCUGACGUGAUGGGCCCCGGCGCGGCCGCCCCCGGGCAGGAGCACGCGGGGCGCGGGGCAGGCGGUAUCCUCUCCCCCGGCCCCUGCACCGGACUCGGGCCGGCCGCGCGGGCGGCGCUCCCCCUUCGCCGACUGCGCGCCGCCCCUGGGGGGCGGCGGUGAAGGACCUGCCCGGCGCCCCGCUAUUUAUUCGCCCCUCACGCCCCCUUCCUCCUCCGCCCCGCUCUUUCCCGCGUCGCGGGCGGGCCAUGGCUGGCGGCGGCGCGGUCGGCCCGGCGGACGAGCAGUGAGGGCGGACGGAGCCCCCCUUGUCGUCGGGGCGCGGCCGCACCAUGUCGGCCGUCGCGUACGUGGACUUCGUAGCGGCGCAGUGCCUGGUCUCCAUCUCCAACCGCUCCGCCGUGCCCGAGACGGCGCGGCUGAAGGUGCCGGGCGAGGGGGAGGCGGCCCGGGAGCUGCGCGACCCCCGCGACGCCUGGAAGGACUACUGCGCCCUGCUGGCCAUCGCCAAGAGCCUGCUGGAGCUGAACAAGUACCGGCCGCUGCCCGCCCCCUCCGUCUGCAGUGACAGCGUGGAGAGCCCCGACGAGGACGCGGGCUCCGACAGCGACGCGGCCACCGAGCAGGGUUCCAGCCCUCCCCGCAGCCCCCCGCCGGGGCCGUCCCCCCGCCUGCGCGCCGCCGGGGCCGCCCCUAAGGGGAAGCUGGCGGCCGAGAAGCGGCACAAGUGCCCCUACAGCGGCUGCGGCAAGGUCUACGGCAAGUCUUCCCACCUCAAGGCGCACUACCGGGUGCACACAGGUGAGCGACCAUUCCCCUGCACGUGGCCCGACUGCCUUAAGAAGUUCUCCCGCUCCGACGAGCUGACGCGGCACUACCGAACCCACACCGGUGAGAAGCAGUUCCGCUGCCCCCUCUGCGAGAAGCGGUUCAUGCGGAGCGACCACCUGACCAAGCACGCCCGCCGCCACACCGAAUUCCAUCCCAGCAUGAUCAAGCGAUCCAAAAAGUCCAGCUCCAGCAGCUCCUUGUGAAGGCAGGGCUGGCCCUGGGGGAGGAGUGGAGAAGAGGCAGGCUGUGGCGAGGGUGCAGGCAGUGGUGCCAGAACACGAGCAUCCACUGCGGUGCCGGUCACUCUUGCUGUCCAAAAGCACAUGUAGCCGGCAUUCAAAAAAAAAAAAAAAAAGGUACUCAGUAUCCCCCUCCCGAUCUUCUACCUCCUGGCUCUGCCCUGAGAACAACAGUCUGGAACAAGUGGACUGUGGGGUGAGAGGAGGGAAGGGGCAGCCAGGGAGGAGGCGACCACCUCUUCCAAUGUAAUGCGUUGAUACUGGUGUACAUAUACAUAUGACUGGGCAGUCUGGCCUGUGCCACCACAGUAGCAUGACCCCAGAGUCUUUGUGAUUGCUGUGUCAUGAACAUGUUUUGUUAAACAGUGUAAUGCUGCUUGUAUUUAGAGUCUGUCGAGUUAAAACACUUUCCAAGUCACAUAAAUAACUCAGAUAAAAACUCCAUAGCACAUUGUAGAAGUGGGUUUACUUCUGUGUAUCUUCUGCGAUCCUGCACUUAAAGAGACUCUUAAGAGAAACAUUACAUAUGUUACCAAUAGUAUCUGAUUGAUAUACUGAGAUAAGGUGAAUUUAUACUCAAUCAGGCACAUUAAAGUAAAUAGGAAUUUUUCAUUUUUCUUUGUAUUAACUAUACUUUUGAAUAUCAGCUGGACUUUUCCAGAAAAAACAUGUAUGACUCAAGAAGAUACUUAAAGCAAAAAAAUCCCCAUAAAGAGCUCAGUGAUUUUCUGACUGUGUGUGUAUUUAGCUCUGUUAUUCACUUACCUAGAAAAAUACAGCUCAGCCUAGAUAAUGUGGCGGGCAUGUGGGAGCUGAAGCAUAUGUCUCUCAUAUGAUCCCAUACUUUACUUGUCAGUAAUAUAGUACUGUACUACAGAAAUGCCACUAACAGUGCUUUAUUCUGCUGUGGUUUGUUUGAAUGGGUGCACAAAGCAGCUACCAUCUUUACAAACUGCUGCUUUUUUAAAGGCUUUUUCUCUUCCUACAUUUGCCUUAAAGAUUUAUUCUCUUCAUACCAUGGCCUAACUCCCUUGGAGUCCUAUGGGAAUUGUGUGUGCUUAUGGAGAGAGUAGACCUUUUCUUAAGAGCACUCUGAUAAUGGAAACACCUAAAAUUACUGUAAGGAGCACUUUAGAAGGGCUCCUAUAUGUCUUGAUUGCUCUUGCUCUGGAGUAUGGGGGAAUACCACAAGCUAAUUUGAAAUACAUAAGGUAUCUUGCAAUACUCCUUUAUGACAUAAGCUUCUCUUAGUACUUUGUACCUGUGUCAUACAUGGCACAUCAAAUGGUCAUAAAAACAAUGUUAACUUUUAUUUUAAAGGUAUUUUUUAUCUUUAAAAGGAACAGAAAGACCACUGAAUGAAAAUUUUUAGAUGUGAUCAUUAGCAAAUAUUUCAAAUUUUUUUAGGUUAAAAGCAUGAAAUUUAAGAGGUUAUCAGUGAUAUAUUUUUCCCCUCCCCCUCCCCCUGCAUAAUGGGGGAGAAAUUUGUUUACACAUUAUUUUUUUUCCAGAAAUGUUCUUCUGUUUGCUUUUUACCCCUUCUUCUAGAAGAGGAAGGGGAGGUGCAGCCCUACUACAGAUUUAGGGCCAAAUUAAUUUUGUGAGUAUUUACACUGAAACCCAAAGUGUCUCCACUGCAGAUGAAUUUAGGUCAUCUUGUAAAAUUCUGUACAUAAAAGAUCUUGUUAGCACAGCUGCAAUUACAGUAUCUUAUUGUUUUAUCUGAUAAAAAGCUUGCUUCCUAGAGACAAACAAAAAAUUAACUUUGAGAGUAGAGUGUUUUCCUCUACAGUUGUAUAUGGCUUUCAGCAUUAGAAAUCAGUUUGCAUACUGUGUUUUUACCUGUGUAGUUCAUAAUAGAUUUUGUCUAUGUGAAGAGAACUUCUUUUAAAGCAUUGGGGAUAUUGAACAGUCUAUGGAAUAAAAAGGGAUGUGUUUUCUUCAGUGAAGACAUCAGGAAACCAAGCACACUUUCUACCUCCGUUUCAGCUUUUUGAAACAUUUAUUUUAGAAACCAAACUUUAAUUUCUCGUAUUCAGAUUGAGUCAUAGGGACAUAGGUUCUUUGUAAUAAAAAUUGGUAGUGCUGGUGUUUUUAUUGAUCAAGAAAUACAGAAAGUAUUCUGCUUACCAGUAACUGUUAAUGCUGCCUUGUGGAGUAGGGUCAGGGCCAUGAGCAGCCCAAUGAGAUUCAGAGGUGCAUUUUUGUUCAUCUUUGUUCUUCUCUCUGAAGAUCAAGCUAGAUUUCAAGUCUCCAUCCUGCAGUCUGGAUUGUUGCCAUUUUGUGGGACAAAUGCAGCACUUGGAAAAUUAAAGCCCAAUCCUGUGAAAUACAAGAGAUCCUCACAUCUAAUCAACCACAACUAGAAGCCACAGCUGAUAAGCAGAUCCUAAACAGUAUGUAAACAUUUUGGUCACUUAACUACCAGGAUUAACUGGUAUAUGGAAGUAAAUGGCCAGCUUUAUAGUAUCCAUGUUGUGUAUUUGGGGUAGAAUGCACACUUAAAGAAACGUUCCUGCAAAGUCUGAAAUAGGCGGGAGGUACUUUAGUCCAUGGGACAAUGGGACAUGCAAGGCAUGUAUCACCACUGCCAGUGACAAGAUCCUGUUUCUGAAAAAAACCCUUCCUAAAUGGUAGUGUAUGCUGUAUUUCAGCAUUGGACAGAGAAGAUUAAUGUGAUUCAUUAAUCUCUAAGAGAAUGCAUUGGGAAUUACCAGGUUUGGGGAUAUCAUUGUACUGUUUUGUUCAUUUGUGGUUUUUGGGUUUUGGUUUUUUUUUUUUUUUUUUUUUUUUCAGUUAAAGCAAACAAUGGCUUUAAAACAGUUUGUUUUAACCUAAAACAAACUGCAGGUUAGAUCUUUGCAUCUUGAAGUUAAGUUUUGAAUAGUGUUGCAAGUGUUGGAAAAGGAAAAUCAGGUUCUCUAAUACUGUAUGUACUUGUUAUACUAUUUUGGAAGUACUUAAUAGUGCUGAAGUAAGGACAGCUCCUCUCCUUGAUUAAGAAAGUCCAUUAGCAUAGAGAUGUCAUGGAUUUAAAGGUAUAGCUAUAUAAUAUACUUCUUCGUGAACUUUUUUCAUGACUGACAUUACAGAUCUGUUUUCAGCUUGCAGAUGGACUUAGGCCAGCAUACACCAGACUGGACACAUACUUCAAAAUGCUGUUCUACAAACCAGUGAUCUGUAACACUAUAAAAUACCAACUCCCAAUAGUUUAAUCAGUUUUAUUUUUGUACAGUAUUCGUAUUCUUUAUAAGUUAUUUUGCUGUCCUGUUUUGUAAAUCACAUGAAAUUGUAAAAAAAGGAAAAAAAAGUAGGCAUAGGUGUUUUUGUACAUAUGUAUAUAUAUAUUGUCCAAAUAAAGAAAAAAGGAAUAAAAAACCCAAA